AUGCUGCGGCCGCGUGCCUGCUCGUGGGCAUCGGGGCCUAUCUCGAGCAAUCUUCUACCCACCUUUCCAUAUUGCUUCAAGGCCCUAGCAGUCCCUGUGAAGCCUCAAACAGCGAUCAAUCACAAGCAUCUGCCCAAUUUUCCACAUCGCUUCUUCACUCACACACCAAGGCUUCCUGCAAAACCUCUUCCACCCCGGCUCAAGAUCAACGAUGCGGACUUGACCAUUUCAUACCUCAAAGGCACUGGUCCUGGUGGCCAAAAGAUUAAUAAAACCAACUCCGCUGUCCAAAUCAGCCACGGCCCCUCCGGCAUCGUUGUCAAAUGUCAAGCCACACGUUCCCGUUCACAGAACGAAAAGAUCGCACGCUCUUUACUUGCCGAUCGAAUCGAGCACCAGGAAAAAGGCAUCGAUAGUCGCGUCAGCCUCAAAGCGGAAGCCGCGCGGAAGAAGAAAGCAAGCAAACUGAAGAAGGCCAAACGGAAAUAUCGCUCGCUUGAAGAUGAGUCAACGGAGUGUGACAUGGAACUCGAACACCAAGACACGCAGGCGCAAGAUCGAGAGGUCGAAUCCGACCUCCCAACCAAGGAACAAACAUCUUGA